GGGGCGGUCGGCGCGCAGGGCUGGGGGGGCAGAGGAGCUGCGAGGCGCGCACGGAGCAGAGCGCAGCGCCGGUCCCGCAGCGCCCGCACGGUGAGGGACGGGGCGCGGGCAGCUCCAGAGACUUCGUCAUCCCGGCAAUCAUGAGUGAUCGAAAAGCAGUGAUCAAAAAUGCGGACAUGUCAGAGGAGAUGCAGCAAGACUCGGUGGAAUGUGCAACUCAAGCCUUGGAGAAAUACAACAUCGAGAAGGACAUCGCUGCUCACAUAAAGAAGGAGUUUGACAAGAAAUACAAUCCCACGUGGCACUGCAUCGUGGGCAGGAAUUUUGGCAGCUACGUGACUCAUGAGACCAAGCACUUCAUCUACUUCUACCUCGGCCAAGUCGCUAUUCUUCUUUUCAAGUCUGGCUAGAACCAUGGACUGUUACUGAAACUUGCAUCCAGUUACAGGACUGCACACUGAUUCCCACCUUCAGCCUUCCUGGGGAAGCACAUCUUGAUCUUCAGGUCUUGUAUUGUAUUGUUAAUGGUCAGGGAUUUUGCUCUAGCGGCUGGUAUUUUCAUUGUGGCUAUAUAGAAAAGCAAAAAUGUCUUCCUUGUAUUUAUUUUCUUUCAAAAGAUGGCUUCUUUGCUAAUAAAACCGUUUAUCCCUUUG